AUGUCAGUUACUCUUCACACCAAUUUCGGCGAUUUAAAAAUUGAAUUAUUCUGUAAAGACACUCCAAAGACCUGUAAAAACUUUCUUGCUCUUUGUGCCUCAGACUACUACAACAACACUAAAUUUCACAGGUUAGCGCCUUAUCUUCUUGUUCAAACAAGUUUUUGUUGCAAAAGUAUCAUCACUUACUUCCUUCUUAGGAAUAUAAAGGGAUUCCUAAUUCAGGGUGGCGAUCCUACUGGAACUGGCAAGGGAGGUGAAAGUAUCUAUGGAGAGCCAUUCGAAGAUGAAUUUGUUUCGCACUUGAAGCAUGAUAAGAGGGGCAUGGUUAGCAUGGCAAAUCCUGGCCAGAGUAACAGCAACGCCUCUCAAUUUUUCAUUACCUACUCUAAGCAGAUGCAUUUAAAUAAUCAAUACACGGUUUUCGGAAGGCUUAUCAGUGGCCUCGACACUUUGGAGAAACUUGAAAACGUGCCCGUUGGAAAAAAGAACCGGCCUCUUACUGACAUUAUCAUAGAGUCAAUUACAAUACACACAAAUCCAAUAGCCGACUUAGAGUCUUAG